UCCUUCAUCAACAAACAACACACACACAUAUUCACAUAUCCCUUCCUCCCUCGAAGAAUCUAGCCUCUCCCCUCUCCUUCGCCAUUUCCACCCACCAAAUCUUUAAUCAACGGUCACUUCUCCCCAGGUUCUUCAUUCCCUUUUUUUUCCCACACUAAAAUUGAUAGAAGUCUUCUUAAAUUAGAGGCCUUUUUUAUUUGUUGUCUAUUUGCUUUGUUUUAGCUUUCUGGGGUUCAGUUUUUAUAGGUUUUAUAGUUGUUUUUAUAUAUAUUUUUUUAGGUUUUAGAUUGUUGGGGUUAAUGGGUUAUGCUUCGUUUGGCUUUUAAGGAAGCAAGGUGGGUUCUUUUUAGAGUAAGAAAGCCUUGCUUUAUUCUUGUCUCUUUUAAGGUUUUUAGAAAAUAUUAUUAUAAGACUUUGUAUAGCUUUCUAUCAAAAAGUCUAGGUAUUGAAUUGAUGCGUGUAAUUAUAAUUGCUGCUGUUUAAAUUUUAAAUUGUGUACGGUUCCAUAGGAAUUGAUUUAGGGGAAGUUAGGUUAGAUUCGUGUUGGAAUUUGUUGGCGGGUUUGGCUAUUCUGAGAACCGGUAAACAUGGCGGAUUCAAUUGCUGCAGCAUCUCUUAUUGGGUAUAGGCCACUCAGUGGAGGAUUGUCUGUUAAGGAUGGUUCUUACAGGAGGAAAUCUUUGAGUAGUUGUUGGCGUCCUGUAAAUGAGUUUGUGGGAAAAAGGAUUCUUUAUUCUUCUCCUAUGUUGCCAAGAUUGAAAAUUGAUAUGUUAGUUAAUACCUCGAUUAAGGCUCUGGCAAAGGAGCUUACAAAAGAGGCGUAUUCAUUCAGAGAGAGAGAGAGAAUACCACGGACUUGGAAUUACCGAGUUGAUACUGGUGCUGAUAGAAAACCAGGUUUGUGGCCACCAGAGAAUAGAGCGGAUAACCCUUCGUUGCAUAACCCCUUGAUUCGACAAGAAAGGAUGGGUUGUGGUUGGUUGGGUGCUAUAUUUGAAUGGGAGGGUGUGAUAAUUGAGGAUAAUCCUGAUCUCGAGAGGCAAGCCUGGCUCUCUCUUUCUCAAGAAGAAGGGAAACCUGCUCCUCCAGCCUUUAUUUUGAGACGAGUAGAAGGGAUGAAGAAUGAGCAAGCGAUAUCUGAAGUCUUGUGUUGGUCGAGAGACCCAGCAGAGAUGAAAAGAAUGGCUACGAGGAGGGAAGAAAUCUACCAAUCACUGCAAGGUGGGAUAUAUAGAUUACGGACUGGUUCAAAGGAGUUUGUGAAUAUUUUGAUGCGUCACAAGAUACCAAUGGCAUUGGUUUCCACACGUCCAAGAAAGACUCUCGAGAAUGCAAUUGGAACCAUUGGGAUAGAAGGGUAUUUCACUGUUAUUGUAGCAGCAGAAGAUGUUCACAGGGGGAAGCCGGAUCCAGAGAUGUUUAUUUAUGCAGCCCAGCUUCUAAACUUUAUACCACAACGCUGUAUUGUGUUUGGGAACUCUAAUCAGGCCGUGGAGGCUGCCCAUGAUGCUUUUAUGAAGUGUGUAGCUGUUGCUAGCAAGCAUCCUGUGUAUGAGCUUGGUGCUGCAGACUUGGCGGUGAGGAAAUUAGAUGAACUUUCAAUUGUUGAUCUGAAAAAUCUUGCUGAUAUUGAAUCCCCAGAAUUUGGGCCUCCUGAGCCAGAGUUGGAGCUGGAGCUGGAGGAGGAUAAUGAUCGAUCUACCAGAGUGGGAGUUGAUGAUAUCUUCUGGUAACUCUAAUGAAUUGUACAGUUUACUUUGUGCUUUAUCAAAUUCUUGUUGACAAUAGUUAUAUAUUGCCCCCCCUAGAAUCACUGCUAACCAAUGAAUCCCUUGCCGUGUACAAGGGAUAAAAAGGAUUAAAAAGUAGAAAGGGGAAAUAGAAGAAAAACAGGAAGAAAAAAAAAAGGCAGUCUGCAUUGGGACUAGCAUUACCUUAUGAUGUAUGUAUCAUCCGUACCAUGUAUAUAAUUGUGUUUCAGCAA